CAGAGGAGCAGUUCCUGCUGUCGGCCAUGGACUUCUUCAUCCCGGCGGCCAGCGCCGUCUCCUCCACGCUCGUGUUCGCCCUCGUCUUCAUGCUGCACCAGCCAGAGGCGGCUGCGCGCGUGCGCCAGGAGCUGGACCACGUGGUCGGCCGCUCGCGCCUGCCUCACCUCGACGACCGCGCCGCGCUGCCGUACACAGAGGCCACGUUGAGGGAAACAAUGCGACGAGCCACGCUUGCCCCCAUCAGCGUCCCACACCGCGCCACCGAAGACACCAACUUCAUGGGCUACGACCUGCCCAAGGACUCGAUGGUCAUCACGUGCCUGUGGAGCAUGCACAUGGACAAGGAGUUCUGGGGCGACCCGGAGGCCUUCCGGCCCGAGCGCUUCCUGGACGACCAAGGUAAGCGGCUGUGCGCGGGCGAGACGUUCGCGCGCCACUACCUGUUCCUGUUCUUCGCGGGGCUGAUGCAGAACUUCCGCUUCCGGAUGCCCGACGGGCAGAAGCCGCCGCCCAUGGACGGCCACCGCCCGGGCAUCAUCGAGUCCAUCCCGCCCUUUUGGGUGGAGGUGCAGCCGCGCGACUAAACGACACAAACCAACCGAAACAAGGAAGAGUUCAUCUCUAUAAACAGUAUUGUUCUACAGAGAAGUGGCAUAUCUGUAGAUUGGUUUUGCCGAUUUGUUUUCUCAGAUCACAUGCACACAAGGGUCCAAAAAUUAUAGACUAAAACAUUUUUAUCACAUUAACAGGUAAAAAUUAUUAUAUUGAUCAUAUUGUAUCUAUAGUUCUUUUUAUAAAAAAUAAGGGAUAGUGUAACUACAAAUAUAAAUUUUAUAUUUCAUCUGCAGAAAAUCGUGUGUGGAAAAUAAUAAUCAGUAUGCAUAUGUAAAAUAUUCCAGCCAAUGGGAACUGUAUUUAUUUACCAGAAAUAGAGAGAAUGUGAUAUAUUGGACUUGCCAAGAUUAGUGAAAGCUGUUUUUUCUAAAAGUCAGUUUGUUUCAAAUCACUGGUCGUAUUGUCAACUAGCGUAUAUCGAACCGACCUAAAUUAUUAUUUAAAAAAAUAAAAUAAAAAAAGAGGUUAUGAACUGCAAUGAGUUCCGAUGGUCGAAACUCCAAUCGUGCAAUUCGCUUUACAUCUAAAAGGCAAAAGAAAAUUUCUUGACCAUUGGCAGUGAAAAACAGUAACUUUUAACUGUAUAUAAUGCAUUGUUUAAUGACACCAAUUCCCAUUGUGAAUAAUUUGUAAUUGUACACUCUAAAGUAUAUUUCAUUUUUGAAGUAGACGUUUCGGGUUGUUAGUGAAUUAAUUGAUACACGAGCAAGUUUUUAAAAAGCGUAAUUUGGUUCAAUUGAAUAAUACUAGACCGCUAAAUACUUACUGAUAUACUUUCGCGUAUAAUUUUCAACGGUUAUCUAAUAUUAUAAUUUUGAUCCUUGUAUUUCACUUAUUAACACUUCAAAAUUCGUCUAAAAAUUCAAGCAAUACAACUCAUAAUUACGCAAUGCAUGUAAUAUUUUGAAAAGAGUAAUAAUUUAGAAUUUAAUAUCUAAAAUACUUUUUAUUGCUUUUAAAUAUUUAGACCUGUAAGGGAAAUAGGGUUUUCAACAUUACAAUAAAUUAAUUUUGUUUUUUCGCUUCCUCUCUGUUAAGGCUUAAAAAUAGUCGUUAACAUUUUUUAAGUAGAGCAACAAUAUGAAAUUCGAAAUGCUGCCGGGUCGUAUCACACUGUGACCACCGGUCUUGGUUCCUGCAUUAUAACAAUUGUAGGCAGUAAGUGAAAAUUGUGCUAAGUUCCAAAAGUGAAAUUCCGAGAUAAUUAAGAAAAGCUAUAUCCAAAAUAUAAAGAAUAUCAGAUAGUCCCUUUUACAUCUUUUUUCGCUUGAUACUUGCUGUUCGGUACGAAAUGAUUAUUUUUACAUUUAGGCACUUUGCCCGGCUUUCCUUUAUGCUCCACAAUUAUGUUGUUAGCACAUGCAAGCAUUAGAAUCUGUUUGCAAAUACUAAAUGUGUCAAGCAGUCUAAAUAUUUUACAUUUUACAGAAUUUACGGAAAUUAAUUUAUACAAGUCACUGGAAUUGCAAAAUUUAAAAAUAAUGUCAGUUGUCAUCCAGUAAAAUGUUAAUGAUUUUCACGGGUGUUUUCAUAUAAUAGAAUUAAAGAUCUAAUUUAGAAAAAUGUAUUGCAUGGGGAAGGAAAUUUCAAGUCAUAAUAUUGAACCUCUGUAUAUUUUAAUUUUUGUGGGUAGU